AUGGUGCGCGGCGGCGGAAACAACGGUGUUGUGUUACCGGGUGACGUCUCUCUGACCAAGAGCGCACCGCCGCAGCCCUUUUACCGCGCGGCGUUUCGCCUGGGACGGCGGCGGCGGCGAUCCGUGUCACGUUCGGGUCGCCGUAGUCGCCCGAGUCUCAUUGCCGGCACGGUCCCGCGUUUUCCCGCAGAAACCUCAUAUCGUGGUCGUGACGGCGGCGGCGGUGGUGGUGCCAGCAGAAGCGGCAGCAGUCGGCCGAACCAGCCGCGGGACCUUCACCAUUCCGCCCUCCCGUCCGCCGGUCGUACAGACGCGAACGCGAAUAAUGUAUUCACAUGA